UGAUGUUCGACGGGGUGGGGCUUUGCUCUCCAGGCCAGGAAUAUAUAAAUCGCAGGUAGGGCUGAAAUUCAAGUUAGUGUGGAUACGAUCUGAGACUAUCGGCAACCUGCGGACGACAAACGAUGCGGGGUUUAUCAUCGUUCGCGAUUUUCUUCGCGGUGACAGUUGGAACGGCAGUAUCGAAACCACUAUGGUCGACUCUAGUCGGCACCAAUUAUCUAUAUUCUACGCCUGGAAUCAGCGCACACCCGCAUUAUCUCGCCGCCUAUCAAAAUACGCACUCUCCCUAUUACGUUUACAAUGUUUAUUCGAACGUAGGUGGCGUACCGAAUACUCUUCACGUUAGCGGCAAACCAGAAAUUUCUCAUGUGCCUGCUUACAACUUUUACUAUGGAACACCGAUUUACGAUAUCAGGAUUCCAUUAAAUCCGGUUUAUCCCGUGCUGACACCAUCGCAUCCAGGAGUUCCUCCGAUAGUUCCGCCGACAUCGACAGAACAAUCUUUCGACGAGAACGAUUACGACGGCAUCGAGAAGUUAGAUACAAAAGUCGAAGUGGAUACUGAGACGAAAAAAGACUCGGAAAACAAUGAGCAGGACGACGAUUCUAUAACUGUGGAAGCAAUAUGAGAUAAUUUUCCUCGUUACGUGCGCAGCAUAACAUACCGACGUGGAAAGUUAAUUAUAGUAUAGUACGUUAACUUGUUUAGCGUUGCCUUUAUAUUUAUAUAACAUGUUACGCUGUCAAGCGUAAUAUCCAAGAUGCAGCGUUAAAAAGAUUUUUUUCAAUCAAAUUUUUAUUAAAAGAAAAGAACAAUGCACUGUUAUAGUUUGUACGUAAGAAUAAAGUAAUUGUAAAAAUAAGAUAUUUGUAAUAAAAAGAAAGAAUCUUGACA